AAGUGUUAUUUUGUUUGAUUUAUAAUAGUUCCACUCGCAACAGUGAUUUUUCACCGUGAACACAACACCAGCUAAAACAUUACUAAGUCGAUACUGAUUGUGUUAGAAAUGUUGAACGAAAAGCAUUUAAACAGUAGUGUGGAGAUUGUUUCCGAUGAACAAAUAAGUUUUCCAAAGGAUAAAUCGCCAUCUGUGUCUAUUUUUACCAUCGAAAGUAUUUUGGGAAUAGAUUCACAAUUGCCAAAAAAAACUUUACAAAGUACAGUUUUCUCAACAUUGAGCAAAAAUCAAGAACAAUUUAGGUCAUUGGACAUCGUCAAAAAUAGUUCAAGGAGCUAUUUUCAAUAUUCUGGCAUCAAUUCGAUUCGCCCUUCAAACUCUUCAGAACUGUCAAUAGUACCAGCAAACCUGCUAGGAAUUACGUAUCCUUCAUCUUGUCAUGGAUAUAUGCAACAUGAUUUAUUUUCUUCACAACUGCAUUCGUCAGUUGGAGUUGUAUCUUGCAACGGACCAUUUCGCCCUCGAUACCCAUUCUUUCACACUGAUACUCACAUCAAACGAAAACGUAGACAUCGCACCAUUUUUACUGAGGAUCAAUUAGAGCAAUUGGAAGCGACGUUUGAUAAAACACAUUACCCAGAUGUAUUAUUGCGCGAAAAAUUGGCUGUGAAAGUGGAUUUGAAAGAAGAACGAGUAGAAGUAUGGUUCAAAAACCGCCGAGCUAAAUGGCGAAAGCAGAAACGAGAAGAGCAGGAGCAGUUUACAAACUUUGAAAUCAACAAUAAAAUUCGAAAAUUUAUGAGUACGUCAUCAUCUUCACAAGAGAAACAUAGACAAUUUGAAUCCGAUGAAAUCUCGAAAAAUAAUUUGGAAAGCCGAUUUGGAGAUGGUAUUAGUAGCGAUGAUGCUUCAGAUGUCGAAGUCGUGUGAUGAGUCUUACUUUAAGCAGCAACUCAAUUUAAAACGUGGGCGAUAGCAAAGUUUUAUAAACGAUAUCAAUGUAAAUAAAUUACCUGAAUUUGUAACAUGUAUUCCAUACACUGGCGUUCUAUAUAUCAUUUUUAGAGCAGUUUUAUGUAGAAGAUGGAUAACACGGUGUGACACUGAAAAUACUUUCGAGAAAUAACAUAGUGGAUAUAACAUAUAUAGUCGAGUACUGCACCAUCAUUUAUUUGUUAUAUGUUUUGUACCCUACGAAUUGAUUUUAUUGAAAAAAUCGUAUUUUUAAGUAUAUAAUAGAAUUUUUAGCGAUAUUUUAAAUCGAAUACGGUUUUGAGAGCAGUAUGUCAGGUAUACAGGUAUGUUUGAGUCUAUUGUGAGUUAAGCAAAACUGAAAAAAAACAAUUUUUUUUUAAUAUUUUAAAAUCGACCAUUGUUUAUUGCAAAGUUUGACCAAGUGUUUUUUCUAGCUCAGUAAAAAUCAGUGAAUGCAUUUAUUGAUGAACAAAUUGUUAUAUCAGCGGAAGUUAAGCUUUUUUUUUCGUAAAUAGAAAAUACGGCUUAGCAAGUGUAUUAGAGUGCUAAUAAAAAUGGAUGACAAGAUUAAAACAUAGACAUAACUGGAUGACGUGAAUACGAAUAAAACUUUA